GGUCGGCUUAAUGUGGAGGUUUCAGAGGAAAUAUUCAAUCACACUAUUGAAGAGACCUGUACAAAUCAUUGGGACGAUUAACAAGUUGUACUUUCCUGUUCAAGUUUGCAUGGACAGCUCCAGACACCAGUGAGAGGAGAGCAGCAAAUGGUGAUGAGCCUGCGGGUGUCGGAGCUGCAGGUCUUGCUGGGCUACGCUGGGCGCAACAAGCACGGACGCAAGCAUGAGCUUCUGACCAAGGCCCUGCACCUGCUGAAGGCCGGCUGCAGCCCCGCCGUGCACAUGAAGAUCAAGGAGCUCUACCGACGACGCUUCCCUGCCAAGAUGGUGUCCCCCUCAGAGCUGGCCCUGCCCGGACCGCACCACCCGGCUUCUGCAGGGGUGGCCGGCGGAGGGGGAGCCGCGCUGCCCGCCGGCCUAACCCAGCUGGCGUACGAGGGUCACGCAGGCCAUGGUGGAGCACCGUCACCGGCUGCCUUGCUGCCCCUUUCAUUGCUCGGCCCUGGGAAACAUGAGCUGAGUGGGCUGACACACCAUCUACCCACCUCGGCCACGCUGCACCCGGUCCACCCAGAUGUCAAACUCCAGAGGCUGCCGUUCUACGACAUGCUCGACGAGCUCAUCAAGCCAACCAGUCUAGCGUCAGACAACAGCCAGCGGUUUCAGGAGACAUGUUUUGCUUUUGCAUUAACGCCACAGCAAGUCCAGCAGAUCAGCAGCUCAAUGGACAUCUCGGGGACCAAAUGCGACUUCUCAGUUCAAGUUCAGUUGCGGUUUUGCCUGUCGGAGACAAGUUGUCCCCAAGAGGACCAUUUUCCGCCCAAUUUGUGUGUGAAAGUGAAUGGGAAGCCAUGCAACCUGCCGGGUUAUCUUCCUCCAACCAAAAACGGCGUGGAGCCCAAGCGGCCCAGCCGGCCCAUCAACAUUACCUCACUGGUCAGAUUGUCCACCACAGUCCCCAAUACCAUUGUGGUGUCGUGGACUGCUGAGAUUGGAAGGAGCUACUCCAUGGCAGUGUACUUGGUGAAGCAGCAGUCGUCCACAGUGCUGCUACAGAGACUACGGUCCAAAGGCAUCAGAAACCCGGACCACUCCAGAGCACUCAUCAAAGAGAAGCUCACAGCAGACCCAGACAGUGAAAUCGCCACCACCAGCCUACGAGUUUCACUACUUUGUCCGCUCGGGAAGAUGCGCCUGAUGAUCCCGUGCCGGGCGCUGACAUGCUCCCACCUGCAGUGCUUUGACGCCACGCUGUACAUCCAAAUGAACGAGAAGAAGCCCACCUGGGUGUGUCCUGUCUGUGACAAGAAGGCCCCCUACGAGCACCUCAUCAUUGACGGGCUUUUCAUGGAGAUCCUGAACAGCUGCAUGGACUGUGAUGAGAUCCAGUUCAAGGAGGAUGGCAGCUGGGCCCCCAUGAGGUCCAAGAAGGAAGUGCAAGAGGUUUCCUCUGCUUCCUACAACAAUGGACUGGAUGGUUCAUGUCGGACAUCUGCAGGCACAGAGCAGCGGAGCUCCUCAUCGUCCAGCCAUGGCGGCAGUAACAGCAGCAGCAACAGCAAGAAAGUGGAGGUGAUUGACUUGACGCUGGACAGCUCCUCGGAUGACGAAGGACAGGAUUCACCUCCUCCACCGCCGCCACCGCUCCCGCCUCCAGCCAAAAGGGCCUGCCCCUCCCUGUCGCCCACCUCACCACCCAUCAUCAACAAAGGAGUGUUGAACCUGCACCACCAGGCGUCUCCUGUGAGCCGGACUCCCAGCAUGCCAGCUGUGGAUACAAACUACAUCCCCCCUGUCCCACCUCUUAUCCAGGACUAUAGACCCUACUACCACACUCCCAAUGACCUGUCAGAUUUGAACUUCUUCUCCUUCCUUCAAGGCGACAAUCAUCAGCAUUACAACAUGGUGAUGGCAGCAGCAGCAGCCGCCUCUGCCUCAGACGACCACGAGUUGCUCCUCAACCGCUUCCUGCCCUACGGCACCACCACCUCCUCCUCCUCGCAGCUGUUUCUGGACCAAUCAGGAGCCUCUCCUGCCACUUCGCUGGCUGCACCAACCAACGGGGCCAGCAGCUCAGGCAGUAGCAGCAGCCUGGUCUCCUCCAGCAGCCUCCGAGACACUCACUCCUCCACACAUUCGUCCUCACACUCUGUCACACACUCCUCACACACACACCCAGGGGUGGUGGCAGGCCGGAGUAGCACUGAAGCAGCAGCGGCAGCUAUUUACGGUGGCAUACCCGAUGUCAUAUCGUUGGACUGACUGACCAACGGGAGUGGUAAGGACUUUGCGCUGGGUCCAACUGCGAUCCAAUGAUGAACCCAGUGACAAAAAAAAACUUUUGACUGCAGGGUAAAGUUGCGAUCCAGAGACUAAAAUGGCCCAAGUCAUCAAACUCAGAACCUGGGUCAGUUUGUGGAGUGAUAUGACAAGACUGCCUCAAGAAGAGCACUAUAUUGACAGAACUCGGGCCUGGGGCGUCCCUUGACUACGCUGACCUGAGAACAGUAUAUAGUCAUCACUUUAAAGGGGUCAGUUUUGGAUAUCGUGUUGGUAUACUGACUCAGAAAUCUGCCCAUGGUAUGACGCUUUAUCCAUGAAGCUGUAUACCUAAGGCCAAACCCGCAUCACUGCUAUACUGGUACCAACCUGGCACAAGCAGCAGAGACGCUACCUGAGCAAAAAUAUAAAGGAGGAAGGCUCUUUUAUAAGAUAAUGAGGAGUGGCGCUGUGUACAGAGAACAAAAUAUAUUUUCCUCUUUUACUUUUGUAUAUUAAUUCUGGACAUUUUUCAGUCUAGUGAGUUGCUUCAAUUGCUAUUUUUAAGUGGAGGACUGAGGUUAUGUUUUCUUUUCCCCACGCACAGCUUAUAUAUAUGCCCAUGUUGGCACGUACAACUUUGAUAACUUUUGUUCCCUUUUAGCUCUAUCCUAUUUAAAUUUUCCAUUGCAUUAUUUCUCCGAUAUGAACUGCAUUUUAGCUCUCUCUCUCUCUCUCUCUCUCUCUCUCUCUCUCUCUCUCUCUCUCUCUCUCUCUCUCUCUCUCUCCCUUAUUUCUCCCUUGUUUGUACUUUUCUGUUUCAAAUUCAUGGUGUAUUUCUUUUUCCCAUGACAAGAACUUAUCAGAGCUUGACUGUACUGUUUAUUCAUGUACUAAUAAUUUUAUUAUGCUUUUAAGUUAUGUAUGAUAUUUAAACAGUUGUAUAUGCAUUCCCUCAGACCUUCAGGUUGACGCUAUGGGGAGUGUAUAGGUGGAAAUUAGCCAUUUCCGGUUUUGAUUUCUUUUCACUCUUUGAUUCCCAACCCCCCCUAAAAAAAAAAAAGAAAAAAAGACUCUUCUGCCGGCAUACAGCAUUUACUGAUUUUUGAGACUUUUUUCGUUUUCAGCUUCAGACCAUUUAUACUUGCCAAUUUAGAGUUUUGAGCUGGGAGAUUUUUUUUUUCUUUUUUGCACAAUGCCAAAAAUAACAUAUGGUACCUAUGAAAACUAUAACAAUAUUCUGAGUGAAGUUGAAACUGUGUGCCACAGUGUUUUCAGUCAAGUGUCCACUUCUUCAGUUUUAGUUAGUGGUUAUUCAGACACUGUGUCCUUUUGCAAGUGUCUCUAGUCGUCUUGAGUUUCUAUUCAUCUUUUUUGCUCGACUGUUAAGUGGAAUUUAAAUCUCGAUGAAGGUCUAGCUGUUGUGGCUGUGGUGGGCUCUUAAGGAGACAGGCUUCCAUGAGAUAAGCCACUGCUCUGCUGGGGCAAGAGACCAAGUUCAACUAGUGCCUGUGUGCAUGCUUCACAGCGUGUUUGAAACAGAGAAGCAGAUGUGAUUUCAGAGUCAAAAAGAAUGUCUUAUGUGGUCACAACCAUCACCCUUUUUCUGAUACAUCACCCAUUCCUUUACCUUAACUUGACCUGCAGUGGAUAUCUGUGAUUGUCGAGGACAUAGGGGUUAUUGGGACAUGGCUUGUGGAAAAUCAUUGACGACUGGAAGUGGGCUAGCCAGUGCCAGCGUCAAAAGGUGGAGGCUUUAGCAAGAGAGGUGGCCUGAGGUCUUGUCUGCCAACUUUGACUGGGCACAAAACUAGCAGGUUAAAGAUCUGCGACUUGUCUCUGGAACCUAACAACCCUGCAAGUUUGCUGCCCUAUUUUUUUGAAGUGUUGAAAUGAGGUUGAGAGUCAGUCUGUUCUGUGAAAAGUGUAAAACACGCGGUUUGCUUGUACUGAAUGUAUUGUAGAUUUUGAGGACUUGGAUAAGGGACAUAGUGUUGGUCACAGUUUGUCAUCUCAGCCAAUCACCAGUCCAGAACCGCACCAACAUCUGUCAGUGUUGUCUGGUCAUGUUACAAGAUGUCCAGUGAUACCAGUGACACAGACUUAGUAUCUCUCCUGUCCUCUUCAUAGCCCAGUCAACAAAGGAUGUCACAACACCAGAAGUUUUGUAGUUGAUACCAAUACCAGCGAAAGUCCAAAAUUCUCAGUACUUAAUCUGUUACCACAGCAAAUAUAUAAAUCCCAUUCAUCACACUUGCCUUUCUUUAAAGAUGUUUUAACAACACCAGUAAGAAUAGACAGGCCUAGUACAGCUGGACCGCCACUGCAGCAUCAAUCACAGAAACUGAACAUUUUCUACUACCAUGUUUUUCAUUCCUACACUGUGUAUUGGUGUCUACGUGCACCAGCACAAAAUUCCACCAGACAGCACAUGGGGCAGAAGCGACACUGCCUACCUUCUGUUUGUCUUAUCGCUUUAGCCGCUAAUCAGCCUUUUUGCAGUUCGGUCACCUCCCUGCAGGAAAGAAUAGCCUGUCAGGACUCGGUGCACGUAUCCGGUCCAAACAGUUUUUAACAAAUGCUUAUUUGGCUUUGCUUGGGCUUCAGCACCCACCCCCUCCAGUUAGUUAACCAGCCUGUAUACUACCAAAUAAACAACGGUAGUAAACCGUAAUGUGGUUGCAGUAAAUACGCCUGCUGAAUAAGCUACAAAUUCUGUCAUUCAUACCUGAAUUACAGCUUACCUCUUGUGUGUCCAGUUAGCCAGCCAAAUACAGCUCAAGCUCAAUACCUCGAUUUUUGCACAUGCACAUUUCAACCAUGUGGGUUAGUCAGUCACUCACCUGAGCGAGGACGGCCAAGACCACUGAAUGAGGGACAUUCAGUAGUCUUGACUGGCCUCGCUCACGUUUUCCAGCAAACAGUAAGCCGAAACUUUGUAUUUCAAGUAGUUAAACAUAUAGUGUACAUUAGAAUAAAAACCCUUAAAAGUGCAGCAUGGCCCCAUAGCCUUCAAGCAGAAAACAAAGCAGCCCAGCAAAAUAGCCAUUUAAAACCAGAGGAACUGAUAUAGGGGUAUGAUUAUGUGCCCUCAUUUUGUAUAAACAAACAGGCUAAGGCAACAUUAGAGUAAGAACACUGACUUUACAGAGUGAGGGAUCAAGUUGCGCUGAUUCUACCGAUACUUAAAACCACUAGUAUUGAUAUCGUUAAAAACUUUUUGGUAUUGACUUGGUACCCAAGUAUCGAUUCUUGUGACAUUCCUCCAGUCAGUCCACCCCUUCCUCUGGCCUGAGUGUCCACUUUACUAGUAGUAACCUUGAAACUUUUCUUCUUAUCGGCUUGCCCAAGGUGUUCCACUUUCAGAAGUCCAAGACAAGCAGCUCACCACAAAGUCUAAUUACUCUCCACAUUGAGAUAAUCACUUCUGACUGCAGCCCCAAACAUCCAACAACCCCUGUCCUGUCCAAGAGUCCUAGAGCAAGUAAAUGGGAGACUGUUGCCACCCCAAAAUGAAGCCCCAAGUCUUUCCUCUAAUGUAAUGCUCCUUCUCUCUCUCUCUCUCUCUCUCUCUCUCUCUCUCUCUCUCUCUCUCUCUCUCUCUCUCUCCCUCUCCCUCUCCCUCUCCCUCUCUCUCUCUCUCCCUCUCCCCCUCUCUCUCUAUCUCUAUACCCCGACCUCCCACCGUGCUCCUGGCAUCUUUAACCUCCUCCCCAGGAACCAACCCCAGCUCUGACAUUGGCUUUUUGACAUAAAACUUGUCAGAGCCAGUUUCUGUGUAUUUCCAAUGUUGUGCAGUAUUUUAUUUAUUUUGUAAUCUAUCUCUGUAUAUUAUAUUUUUACACUUGUUUGAUUUCCAUGGAUGAGUGUGUGUCACUGUCUCUCAAGAGCUAUUGUGAUAUUGAUAUGUUUUUAUUUAAUGUUCCUGAUUUUUUUUUUUCCUUCUUUUUUCUCCGCCAGCAGUUUUUCCACAAGGUAUCGUUUAAUCAUUCAUAUUUGUCACAGGAUGCAUCUUUUCUUGAGAGAUAUCUUGCUACAAUGAUAGGGAUAUGAUCAUCAAGUUCCCAUACCCUGUCUCUUUGAAUAUUAAUCACCAAUAUUUGGAUACUUGACAAGAUGGUCACAGUUCACAAGUACAUUUUAUCAUGAUUUAAUUUAUUUGAACUUGUCUUCUUUCCUCAUAUUUCUCAUGAUACAGUGCAAGAGACUACAGUUAUGCACCUAUAUGUGAUGGUCACAGAUGAAGUGAGAGAGCAGACCAUGUUGAAUGUGUUUUUGUUGAAGUGCUCUACAUACUGGGAUGGCCUCAACAGUCAAAUCCUCCACUCCAACGUGUUUCAAAAUGUUGCAGUGUGCACAGCACAGCACCCCCUUGUGGUUCAAUAUUGUUUGUUUUCGAAAGGGAGAAGCAGCUCUUGAAUCUGCGCAUGUGAUUCCUGUUUUCUUUCUUUCACACUCAUUCUCCAGUUGGGUUUUUGUGAGAAAAUGUCAGACUGCAUCAAGAGAUGAUACAUUUUUAUUUUUUCAGUCUGCAAUGCAGUGAUAGAUGGAUAAGCACAGGCCUUUUUGCCAUCACAAUCUAUAUAUAUAUAUAUAUAUAUAUAUAUAUAUAUAUAUAUAUAUAUAUAUAUAUAUAUAUAUAUAUGACGCUGUGCAGUAGCACAGUAGCACGUGGUUCACGUCUUGAGCUGUGUGAGACACUGCACCAACACAGGAAUCAGGCCACUAUUAUCAGUAAUUACUCAAAUAGUGUGUCAAAAGCAGCAACUCUUUUGCCAAUGUCAUGUUUUCACACCUUAGAUAAAGGGAACUGUCGACAAUGUGUAUAUUGUGUCUGUAUGGAAAACUGAAAAAAACUGAAAUUCAGAUCCAAACUUGGGAGUUUGAUGUCCGUUUGUAUGCUUUUUGUGUGUCCAUUCAGAGCGAGAGAAUAAAUUAAUUUAUAUAUUUUUAGAAAAUGAAAGCUGUACUAUUAAAAAAGGACUUUGGCCAUGAAAGAGUCCCAUUUUACGGAAAUAAUCUCAAAGUCAGACUCAAGUCGACAUCUGCACUCACUGCCUUAAAUUCACAGGUUCUGUUUUCAUAGCUCCAACCCGAGAAAAUCAAAAGGCUUUUCAAUGAGGGCAAGGAUGAGACGGUGUACAGUAGACCAUUGUCAGUUUGUAUGAAUAUACUAAGUGAAAAAAAUAUUUAUUACCUGCAUUGGAAGAAAUUGUUUACCAAUUGAAUGUUACCUGUUUAUGUAGAAAAGUUUAGAUGUAAUAAAAUGCAUUCUGUUAUUUC